AUGCCGUACAGGGUCGCCAGACGCGCGCUGCCGUUAGUCUCAUAUGUUCCCCCUCGUCGGCCGCUCUUUCCCACGUCAUACCGCUUUCCUCGUCGCCCGCAAUUUCCCUCAUCUCCCUCGCCGACCCUCGCCGCCCUCGCCUCUGCUUGUCGCCCGCACUUCCCGUCGUCGCCCUUGCUUCCCCGUCGCCCGUGCUUCCUGUCGUCACCCUUGCUUCCCCGUCACCCAUGCUUCCCGUCGUCGCCCUUGCUCUCCCGUCACCCGCGCUUCCCGUCGUCGCCCUUGCUCUCCCGUCACCCGCGCUUCCCGUCGUCGCCCUUGCUUCCCCGUCACCCGCGCUUCCCGUCGUCGCCCUUGCUUCCCCGUCACCCGCGCUUCUUCUCAUCUCUCGCUCUCCUCCUCAACGUCUUCGUUUUCCUCGCGCCAUAUCGCCCUCGCUUCUGCCCGUCGCCCUCGCCUCCCCACAUACCCGCCUCCAUCUCCCCCACAUACCACCCGCCUUCCUCCCCACAUUCUAUUCCGCUUGUCAUACGCUCUUCUCCUCUUCCUCCCUUCCAUCUCUCCCUCCUCCCUCUCCCUCUCUCUAUCUCUCUUUCUUCGAACCUCUCUCUCACCCUUUCUUCCACCCUUCUUCCUCCUGAGGGGAAGGGACUGAAUGAGAGACACAGAGGGGAUAGGACAGAAGGCCCUGCUUCCCCCUUUGCCCUGAUUCCUUCCACCCUCUGCCCUGCUCCCCCCCAUCCCCUUCCCUGCUUCCCCCCACCCUCUGCCCUGCUCCCCCCAUCCCAUUCCCUGCUUCCCCCCACCCUCUACCCUGCUCCCCCCCAUCCCCUUCCCUGCUCCCCCCCACCCUCUGCCCUGCUUCCCCUCAUCCCAUUCCCUGCUUCUCCCCACCCCCUGCCCUGCUUCUCCCCAUCCCCUUCCCUGCUUCCCCCCAUCCCCUUCCCUGCUUCCCCCCAUCCCCUUCCCUGCUUCCCCCCAUCCCCUUCCCUGCUUCCCCCAAUCCCCUUCCCUGCUUCCCCCCAUCCCCUUCCCUACUUCUCCCCAUCCGCUUCCCUGCUUCCCCCCAUCCCCUUCCCUGCUUCCCCCUACCCUCUGCCCUGCUCCCCCCCAUCCCUUUCCCUGCUUCCUAUGUUGGCAGAUACGCUCAUGAAAGGCUGGCGUAUCACGUAUAUUCGCUAG